GCCGCGGCCGCUCCGCGCUGGCCCCCGGUGACCCCCGCGUCCCCCGGGCUGGAGCGCGGCCAGGGAAGGGAACGGGGCUGGGCAGGGGCUGGAGGAUUCCUGAGGGGGCUGGGAAGGGGCUCAGCCUGGAGAAAAGGGGGAUCAGGAGGAAUUUGUGGCUCUGCACAGCUCCAGCCAGGAGGGGACAGCCGGGGGGUCGGGCUGUGCUCCAGGGAACAGGGACAGGAGCAGAGGGAACGGCUUCAGGGGGGCUCAGGGUGGGCACCAGCAGGAAUUUCCCCAUGGAAAGGAUGCUCAGGCCUUGGCACUGCCCGGGGAGGUUUGGAGUGCCCAUCUCUGCAGGUGUCACCUGGAGGUGGCACUCAGAGCUCUGGGCUGGGGCCAAGGUGGGCAUGGGCACAGCUGGGACUCCAUGGGCUGGGAGGCUUUUUCCAGCCUUUUGGGACUGGUGGAUUCUGUGUUUCUGCCCUCGCAGAGACACAUAAAGCACUGCCCUCAGCGCUGGGUGCAGCUGGCGGGGCUGCUCCAUCCCCGGGCUCGGGGAAUGCCAGGCUCUGCCGCAGGACUGGCACCCAGCGGUCCGACAGCCGCUCCUUUCCAUUGCAGGGCUCGGUAUGGACUUCCUGACGCUCUUCCUGGCGUACCUGUGCUCCGUGCUCGCCCUCGCUGCCCUGCUGUGCCUCUGCUCGGCAAGGAAGGAGAGCUUCCUCACGAGGAGCAUCACCAGGGCCAGCCAGGUGCUGUCACUGGUGGUCCCCAGGCAGCUGCAGAGGGUGACACAGCAGGCUCUGCACAGGCUCUUCCACACGAGGAGCUGUUUGUUUGUGGUCCUGCACGUGGCCCUGCAGGCUGCAGUCUUUGGGGAGUACACCUGGGAGGUGUUUGUGUACUGCUGGGAGCUGCAGUUCCACCUCCUCCUGCUGCUCCUGCCCUACCUGCUGCUGGCUGGCAACCUGGGCUGCUUCCUGCUCUGCUCCCGGGCCAACCCUGGGACAGUGACGAAAUCCAAUGCUGCAUCCCUGGCUAAGGUCUAUGCCUAUGAUGGGGUGUUGUUCCAGAGAGGCCUCGUGUGUCCCACGUGCACCGUGGAGAAACCAGCCAGGUCCAAGCACUGCAGUGUCUGCAGGACGUGUGUGCAUCGCUUUGACCACCACUGCGUGUGGGUGAACAACUGCAUCGGGGCUGGCAACGCGGGCCUGUUCCUGCUGUACCUGCUGUCCCUGACGGCCACCGCCGGCGCCGUGGCUGCUGUCACGGCUGCCUUCCUCAUCCAGGUGCUGCUGCUCUCCAACGUCAUGCACGGCACCUACCUGGAUGCACAGGGACAGGAGCAGCCCGUGGAGAUCCCCCUCCUCGUUCAGGUCAGUCCGUGCUGUGCAACGUUCGGCUCGCACUCUGCUGACAGGAACCGUGUCCUGUUCCCCCAGCACGGGGACAGACUGCAGGGCUUGGGGACAGACUGCAGGGUUUGGGACAGACUGCAGGGCUUGGGGACAGACUGCAGGGCUUGGGACAGACUGCAGGGCUUGGGACAGACUGCAGGGCUUGGGACAGACUGCAGGGUUUGGGACAGACUGCAGGGUUUGGGACAGACUGCAGGGUUUGGGGACAGACUGCAGGGCUUGGGACAGACUGCAGGGCUUGGGGACAGACUGCAGGGCUUGGGGACAGACUGCAGGGUUUGGGACAGACUGCAGGGUUUGGGACAGACUGCAGGGCUUGGGGACAGACUGCAGGGCUUGGGGACAGACUGCAGGGUUUGGGACAGACUGCAGGGUUUGGGACAGACUGCAGGGUUCUUGGGGACAGACUGCAGGGCUUGGGACAGACUGCAGGGUUUCAGCUGUUCUAUACAUAAAACUAGAUUUAGAAAACUGCCGCUGCUGAAUACCUGA